AGUAGAUAUUGCUGCCUGGGAGUUCUGCGCUACUAUUUGGAAAAGAUGGCAGCAAAAUUGGAGAACGGAAUCCCUCUCAGCGCGCUUGCACCGAAGUUCUUGCAUACUAAUUCCACUAGUCACACCUGGCCAUUCAGUGCCAUUGCUGAACUUAUAGACAAUGCGUAUGAUCCUGAUGUAGCUGCAAAACACAUAUGGAUUGAAAAAACAAUCAUAAAGAAGAACGAUUGCUUAACAUUUAUGGAUGAUGGAAAUGGGAUGAACCGUGAUAUGAUGCACAAAAUGCUGAGCUUUGGGUUCAGUGACAAAGUAACAGUAGAAGGCCAUGUACCAGUUGGAUUGUAUGGAAAUGGAUUUAAAUCUGGAUCAAUGCGGCUAGGAAAAGAUGCAAUUGUAUUUAGUAAAAGUGACACAACUAUGAGCAUUGGUCUACUCUCUCAGAGCUAUCUUGAAGCAAUUGAAGCAGAGCAUGUGUUUGUGCCACUCAUACCUAACUUUACACCUCAUCAGAAGACCAGUGAAGAAUCCAAAGCGAGUCUUGAAGCCAUUCUGAAGUAUUCCCUGUUCAACAGUGAAAAGGAGUUAACUGAUGAAUUGAAAGCCAUACGUGAACAAGGAACAAGAAUUAUAAUCUGGAAUUUAAGAAAAUCUAAUGAUGGAAGAGUAGAAUUUGAUUUUGAUACAGACAAAUAUGACAUCAGAAUUCCAGAUGAUGUGCCGAACAAUGAAAAAUACAAAAGACAAGACAGAGUGGACCAGGCUGUUCCAGAAAGUGACUAUUCCUUACGGGCUUAUUGCAGCAUACUCUACCUGAAGCCCAGGAUGCAGAUAAUUUUAAGAGGUCAAAAAGUGAAAACACAGCUGAUUUCUAAGAGCUUAGCAUACAUUGAAAAAGAUGUUUACAAGCCGUCAUUUUUGAAAAAUAAAGUUACUUUUACUUUUGGAUACAACACGAAGAGCAAGGAGCAAUAUGGCAUAAUGAUGUACCACAGGAAUCGCCUAAUCAAAGCAUAUGAGAGAGUAGGCUGUCAGCUCAAGGCUAACAAUUGUGGUGUUGGAGUAAUAGGCAUUACAGAGUGCAACUUUCUAAAGCCAACUCAUAACAAACAGGAUUUUGACUACACAGAUGAAUACAGGUUAACUAUCCAAGCUUUGGGAAGUAAACUUGGGGAUUAUUGGAAAGAAAUGAGGUAUAAAAGAAAGAAUGAAGAUCCAUUUAGUUCUGUACCUGUAGAGGAUACAGUGACGCAACCUGAUCAAAAUUGGGUGCAGUGUGAUGAAUGCAGGAAGUGGAGAAAAUUACCAGAUGGUAUAGACACAAGUGAACUUCCUGAUAAUUGGUACUGUCACAUGAAUCCUGAUACACAGUUUAGGCUUUGUAGUGUGCCUGAAGAAAAAGAAGAUGAAGAUGAGGAUCACCCAACUUAUAAAAAGACAUAUAAAAGAGAGGAGAAGAUUAACAAAAUGAAAGUGGAUCACAACAGACAAACAACUAUGUCCAACCAAAGUGCCACUAGUAGCAAUUUGGCGAUUACUGAUGUCCAGCCAUCAUUUGCUGAGAAAAAUCCAGGACCAGGGGAGAAGAUUAACGAAAUGAGAGUGGAUCACAACAGACAAAGGGUUCACCCCAACAAAAUGCAGACAUGUACAGAAUUAAUUGACUCCCAAAGAAAACGAAAGUCCUCUUCUUCUACUGAACCACCUAUGAAGAAUGCAAAAGUCACAGAUUCCCUCACUGGCUCUCGGCAGGUAACACAGGCAAUGUUUGACAAGCUUGUGCUAACGUUUGUAUGUGAGGCCAACCAACCAAUCUCUGUAGUUGAGACAACAUCUUUCAAGACCAUGAUGGAAACCUUGCAACCUCAGUGUACAGUAAUGACAAGGAAAACAUUAUUCUCAAAAAUACAGGAAGCUGCAAAGAACAUGAAGAGCAUAAUCAUCAAAAAACUGAGCACAGUGAAUUAUGUUGCUACCACAAUAGACUGCUGGUCUGCCGGACAACAUAGCUACUUAGGAGUCACCUGUCACUGGAUAGAUGAAAUCUCUCUAGAGAGGCAUUCUGCUGCAUUGGCUUGUAGACCUCUUAAAGGUUCACACACAUAUGAUGUUCUUGCUGCAGCAUUAGAGGAAAUACAUUCUGAGUAUCACAUCAGGGAAAAAGUGACCAAGAUGACAACAGACAGUGGUUCAAACGUCUUGAAAGCCUUUCGAUCAUAUGGUGAAGAGAAAGAGGAAGAAGCCACAGAUGGACAGGAGCAUCGAGGCUUCACCUUUGAUGAUGCAACAGAAGAGAAUGAGUUAGAGGUGGAGUAUCAAGAUGUAUCAGCUGUUUUGAAUGACAACACAAGUCUUGCGUUACAACUUCCAAGACACCAAAAGUGUGCAUGUCAUCUACUCAAUCUUAUAUCAACAGUUGAUGCAGCUGCUGCAGAAAUUGCCAAUGAAACAUACAAGAGGCUGUCUCUGUCUGCUUUUGCAAAAUGUCAUGAUCUUUGGAAUAAAACCAGCAGGUCAACCAUAGCUUAUGAAACAGUGGAACGUGAAUGCAAGCUGCAGUUUCUCCGACCCAAUCAGACCCAUUGGAGGUCCCUGUACCUUGCUGUGGAAAGGGUUGUGCACAUUCAUAAAAAGCAAGGAGAGAAAGCAAUUUGCAAUGUUUGCACGACAUUACAGAUAAAGAUGUUCAAUCCUAAUGAAUUAGGAUUUUUGGCUGAAUACACUGCUGUGAUGAAGCCCAUUGCCAUGGCCCUUCACAUCCUCCAAGGGGAGUCAUCUGUGAAUAUGGGCUUCUUGCUGCCAACACUUUACCAUUUGCAGGAGAAGCUGAAGAGGCUGGAGUCAUCUUGCAAUAUGUGUAGACCUCUUGUUGAUGCCCUGCGGGAAGGGAUCCAGAAACGUUUCGUAGACGUCAUGAAAGACCCUGAGCUGAUUGCAGCAGCAAUACUUCUACCAAGAUUCAGAACAUCCUGGACCACAGAUGAGAGCAUCUUAAAAGCUGGCCUUGUCUUCAUCAGACAUCACCUAGACACAGAGUUGGAUGAUGUCAUCACAAACAGCAGCCUUUCUGAUGAAGAUGACUUCUUUGGAUCCAUGGGGUCAGGAAAAACAGAAGCAGGAGAGCUGAAUAGGUACCUUUCAUGUCAAUCCGAUGGAGGUAUGGAUAUACUGCAUACCUUUCCUUGCAUCAAGAAGCUGUCACUCAAAGUCAACACAGGUCUUCCUGCGUCUGAUGCCUUUAAGAGACUUUUUAGUCAUGCAGGGCUCCUGUUCACUGCUAAAUGGUCACAGCUUCACUGCAAGAACCUUGAGAGCCAACUCCUGCUGAAGCUUAACCAUCAUUUCACUGAGUGAAGCACAAGCAUGUUGUCUUAUUACAUUUCUAAAAAAUGAAUCAUUUAUCUUGAUCAAACAGUUGCUCAGUACUUGAGUAGUGUUUUCACCAAAUACUUUUUUAACUCUUACUUGAGUAAUUUUUUGGAUGACGACUUUUU